GGAGCAUGGCUGUGGGGAUUUGCUCAUUCAGCCAUGAGAGCGUUAGUGAGGUCAGGCACUGAUGUCUGCUGAGGAGGCCUGGGGUGCAGUUCAUCCCAAAGGUGUUCAGCGGGGUUGAGGUCAGGGCAGCACACUCGAGUUCUUCAACGCCAACCUUGACACACCAUCUCAUGGAGCUUGCUUUGUGCACAGGGCCAUGAUCAUGCCAGAACAGGUUUUGGCCUCUUAAUUGAAGCAUCCAGAUGCAUUCUAGACGAUUGUGUGCUUUAAAAGUUGUGUCAACAGCUUGAGGAAGUUCAAUAUAUCUUACAGACUUUGGUCUAGGUGGAGCUGCAACACUCCAGUACAUCAGUCGGCGCUGUUGCACAUCAUUUUUUAGACCCUAAACUACAAGAGAAGAUGGAAAUGAUCUGUUAUCUCGUGGAAUCACAGCAGACAUGGAAGGGACUGAAUGUUUUCUCUGCAGAUCUCAUGACCCGUGUAUGCAUUAGACGUAUAUUGUCGUUCUCCAGGUUUUCUAUAAUGGUGUAGCGCAGUUUUUUUUAACCUGGUGAAAAUGGACUGUGCGGCGUUUACGGAGCAAAACACAGAAAGAAGUGUUUGUAUCGUUGGGUCGGAACUAGUGGAGAACUACACGGUUUACAUAAUUGAGGUGAAGGUUGGGGAACACCGGUGGACUGUAAAGCAUCGCUACAGUGACUUCUAUGAACUGCAUGAAAAGCUCACUUCGGAGAAGAAGAUUGAUAAACAUCUGCUGCCUCCUAAGAAGAUAAUUGGUAAAAAUUCCAAAACUCUUGUGGAAAAGAGGCAGAAGGAGCUGGAGGUGUAUCUGCAAACUUUGCUCAACCGAUUCCCUGUGGCUGUACCAAAGGUUUUAUCCAUCUUUCUACACUUCCAGUUGUAUGAAAUCAAUGGCAUCGCUGCUACCCUUGCAGAAGACCUGUACCACACAGGUGAGCAGUUGUUAGUUGCUGGUGAGGUUUUCCUCCUGAGGCCACUGCAGCUCUAUGCCAUCACCCAGCAGCUGAAGCUGGCCAAACCCAACUGCUCCAAUGGAGAUGCCAAGGCAGAUCUUGGCCAUAUACUGGACUUUGCCUGCAGACUCAAAUAUCUCAAGAUCCCUGGGACGAUAGGAGUUGUGGGUACCAGCAAUAUUGCGGAGCACAGUCUACCGUUUGACCUUUCCGUCUUUAAAUCCGUGCUCCAGAUUGAGAUAAAUGAUUGCAGUUCAGGACAAAUACGGGGACUUCCUGCAUUGAAGCCCACUCUGGUUACACUCAGUAUUCAUCGUUCAGCUGCGUCCAUGAAGGAAAUUUUAGUUCCCGAAGCUGCCGAGUUUGCCAAGUGGGAACCUGAAGGCGUGGACAUCGACUGUGCAGUGACUGCAAUCAUUCCAACCUGGAAGAUACUGACCACCCUGGACAUGAGCCACAAUAACAUCUACUGCAUUGACGAGUCUGUGAAAUUGAUUCCUGCAGUCGAAUUCCUUGAUCUUGGACACAAUUUCCUGUCAUUGGUGGAAAAUCUCCAGUAUCUAUACAAUCUAGUGCACUUGGACCUGUCCUAUAACAAGCUUACAGUCCUUGAAGGUGUUCACACUAAACUGGGCAACAUCAAGACGCUGAAUUUGGCGGGGAAUCAGCUUGAAACCCUUUCUGGUCUCAGUAAACUUUAUUCUCUUGUGAACCUGGACUUGAGCGGUAACAGAUUAGCACAGUUGGAUGAAAUAAAGUACAUUGGAAUGUUGCCCUGUUUGGAAAAACUCUCCCUUGCCACCAACCCCAUGUGCAUCAUUCCUGACUACAGAACUAAAGUUCUGGCACAGUUCUGCGACCGAGCAUCAGAGGUUUGUUUAGACGGCACAGUAACCACUGAGAAGGAGUUGGACACUGUCGAAGUGCUGAAAGCCAUUCAGAAAGCCAAAGAAGCGAAAGACAGAAUGGCAAACGCUGAAAAAAAGAUUAGUGAUGUCCCCAGACAGACUGACGCAGGGCUGAAUCCCUCAUCGUCCAGCUCUGUCGCUGCACCACAGUCUUCCUAUUCUUCUUCUUCUUCUUCUUCUUCUUCUUCUCCGCUCCACUGUGCCAGCUCCAGCCAAGAAAUAGCUUGCAAAGAUGACUCCUUUCUUACCAAAGAGAUAUUGACUCAUGUGGAUUCUACACCUACCCAGAGAUGCUGUAAUAACUAUCCCACAGUCUGUGAGGUUACGCCUCAGAUCCAUCAAGUUAUAAGGUCCUCUCCUGUGUGCAGCCUGCUUCAGGUCACCCUACAGAUUUUUAAUUGGAUUCAGGUUAGAACUCAACCUACUUCCUGUUCAUCUUCAGAGAUCAAUUCUGAGCAGAAGCAUGAAAGUUCUGGCUGCUUUUACUGUGAAGAAAACCAGGAAUCCUGGACCAACAGAUGCUCCACACCAGUGCUACCCUUCUCUUAUUUGUCCUACACCAUCACCAACUUGGACUUCGUUAUCCGGCUUUCUGAUUUGAUCUGGCGAACAGAUAUGGAGAGUAAAACAUCCAGCGAAUGCAGGACAUCCUCUGUGGAUGUGACCGAGCAGGGCAGCCCUGAUUCCGGGGGCAGUUACUUUGAGAUGGGCCCAGAUCACAGUGAUGAGAUCAUGGGCUGCUCUUCCUCUUCCACACUUCAGGACAGUGAAUCCGAGAGUGUGGAAAGCUCAAGUGUUCAGAUAAAUCUUAUCGUGUGGUCUCACAGCAUCAUUGUGGGCCAAGAUGGAGGUCUGAAUCAGAUGCCGUGCUGUUUGGCUGCAACGGAUAAAGCGCUGGUGGUUUUUCAGACAAGGUCCAAAGAGACUCCACAUAAUUUAGAGGAGCUAAUGGACUGCAUUAAAGUAGCACUGAUGGUGCCAUAUUCAGACAUGGAGGCAUUUUGGUUUGCCAUUCCAGACACUUGCAUCUCCUUAAGGUUGAAGUUCAGCGCCACCCGAUGGUAUUUCUUCUCAGAUGGACAAAAUUUGAUGGAGAUCCAUUCUCAUGUGAACUUGCUUCUGGAUAGAACUCAAAGUGAACGUAUCAGUGGACAGUCUAAUGUCCAGUCAUUUAUUCAGCAGUUUCUAAAUUCCUGGGAAAUCGAAGAGAAUGAUAGCGGAGUGAAAAGUGGAUACAUAGCUCACGUCCUGGACCGUGCCUCGUUGGUUCAAACAAGUCAAAAGAGCACUGUUCCCUCGGACAUUUUAUCUCCAGUCCAUGCAAGCCACACCUCCAUCCCAUUACUUCUGUUCCUCACAACACGACAUCUCUGUGUGCUCAAGGUCGAUUUUGUGGCCAUGGCGUCAAAACCCAAUGGAAAUUGCAUACGCUCUUGCGCCAAGUUCACCAGAAUUCCACUCGCAUCUACAUUGCUGAACCCCAAGCAGAGUCGAACUGGACAAAGCAGUUCAGUCACUCAUCGCUUUUGUGAUGUCCAUGUUUUAGAACUCCUGGCAGGGCAUGAGCGCCUAGCUGCCAUUUUCGCUCUUCCCCAUGACAAGUUUCUGUUUCUGAAGCAGUUUGCUCAGCUCCGCGCCAGUCUUCAAGACAUCAAGACCAUCGCUCUUCUACAGACCAGUAAACGCCACCUCAGACUGAACAGCACAACACCUAGCAAGGCUACCAAGAAAAAGAGUCUUUCUCAGGACAUGCAGAAGCCCCAUUUAACCCUGUCUCUGCUCAACCCUGGAGACUCGCUUAUCCAGCAGCUCUCGGAUGAAAACCAGUGUCCGUCCCACCUAUCUCUGUCUUCAGCCCUGCGUCACCUUUCCUCAUUGAGGGGCAAGGAAGUUAUAAUCUUCUUCCAUGAUAACAUCGCAGAGGUGGAGAAUGAAGAGCUGAGGCACAUCUUGUGGACAUCUGUCCUCUUCUACAAAUCCCCGGAUGUGGAGUUGACUGCCUGCGUUAUGAUGUCUACCAAAGCUGUUUACUUUAUCCUGGAUGACGUCGCGUCCACGCUCAGUGAUCAAGCUUUGAUGUGGAGCUGGCACCCGUUAGACCACAAGGACACGGAUUUCCUCAUCUCUUUUUGCUUUGCGAUGAAGCUGAAUGAGCUGCAGAGUGUGAACGUGGGACUGUUUGAUCAGUACUUCAGAGUGGUGGGACCCUUUCCGGAGCACAUCAUCACAUGCCUGACCAGAGACAGCUACAGCACACACCACUUUCUUCAGCAGCUGAUGAGCGUGCUGUCUUUACUGGAGAAAGCGCCCUCACCAGAGCCCUCAGACCAAGACUUCUACACACAGUUCGGCAAGAAGAGCACAGGCAAAAUGGAGAACUACGAGCUGGUGCACUCAAGUCGGGUGAAGUUUGUCUACCCGAGUGAGGAGGAGAUCGGUGACUUGACCUUCAUUGCAGCAGAGAGGAAAGGCCCUCAGGGACCUGCACACUCAUUUAAUGUCCUCUUCUACGCCCUGGUGUUCCAGGUGCAGAGCGGCCCGGCUGCGAAGGCCGAGCUGCAUCCGAAGAGCCUUGUCUUGAGCAGCACGCACGUCUUCCUACUGGACGAGGACUAUAUCAGCUACCCCUUGCCCCAGUUUGCCAAAGAGCCGCCACAGAGGGACAAGUACAGGCUUACGGACGCCCGCCGGAUACGAGACCUGGACCGUGUGCUCAUGGGAUACCAGCCGUACCCACAGGCACUCACACUGGUCUUUGAUGACGUGCCUGGACCUGAUCUGCUGUGCCAUCUGACCAUGGACCAUUUCUCAGAUGAGAAGGAGAGGAAGCGGAUGCAGGGUGGUGAUGGCGCUGAAAGUGAAAUACAGUGGUGUAUUUUUGUGCCCGGUGCAGACAGCAGAGAGAGACUGAUCUCACUUCUGGCACGGCAAUGGGAAACGCUGUGCAGCCGGGAACUUCCGCUAGAGCUCACGGGCUAAUGAAAGGUAAUAGAAAAACAAACCUAGAAAGACUGUCUAAAAGGUGACUGGGCUUUGUCUUUGCUUCAGUUUUAGUCUCAGCUUUAGUUUUGUUUUUUGAAGGCUUCAGUCUUCAGGGUCGGGUAAUAUGGCAUAAAUGAUAAUGACAAUAUUAUUCAACAAAGUGACUGAACUCACCAGCAUAACAGUUAAUGACCUGUAAAAAUGUAUGCAUUUAACAAUGUAACAAAGGAGAUGCAGCAGAAAAGAAAUAAAAUAUGGUCAUAACAGUCUAACAUCAGUUCAGAUACUUCAGUUUGACAUCCAUGCUCUCUGCAAUUGGUCCUAAUUUCUUUUGUCAGUACGUUUAUUUCCUACAGCAUUAUUAAUGUCUAAACCUUUUGCGCAUAGAUACAAAUUAUGAUGUUUUACUACAGAGACAGCAGCCUUAAUUACUCUAUCCAUAAUAGUACCUGCUUAAUCAGGCAACAGAUAAGGAACGUUGCAUUCUGGCUGUCCUUCAGUGUCAUCACACGCCAUCACUUUUAGCUCACAUGACCGUUGUGCUGCUAACCUGACGAUGAAUUCUGAACUAGCUAUCCAAGCCUACCUUGCAAAUUUGCCUUAAAGGUGCAAUAGUUGAUUUUUUUUUUUUUAAAUAUUUUUUUAUUCCUUACUUGUACAAAUAACCUGGAAGAUGAUGAUGAUAAAGUUUUGCUAAGGCCAUGGCUUAACCCAGUGUUUACUAAUUUGCUGGGAAAACCCGUUUGGAAAACUGACUUCUGGUCUGGCAUGCUCGUUUGUGUGUCUGGAUGCGCCUGUCAGUAUUUUUAUAGACUAUAUAUGGGUUAGCAAGAUCCUGGGGGUGGAGCUUUGUGAACUUGGGCGGGGGAGGAAGAAAAAAAAUAAUUCAUAUUUUGUAUCUUACCUAGUACACCUUUAAUGGCUUGCAAGUUAACCAGAUAAACUAACUACCUAAUAUGUAAGAUUAUAUUAACUAAUUUUAAUCACAGAACAACUUCUAGGAAUCUGACAAUUUAUAGGAAUUUUAUUUUAUUUUAUUUAUUUUUUUUUUUGUAAAUAAUACUCCAAGCAGUGCUUGCAACACCUUCAGUUAGGUCAGUCGUGCAAGUAUGGUCUUAAUUGUUGGGUUGUUUCAUGAACAACUUAUAAAACUACCUAAAUAUUUAGAUUUUUUUGCUUACAUUUUCUACUAAAAUUAAUAGUUUUUACUAAUUUUAUUUUAUUGCCCAACUCUAUCUGACGAUACCCGUCAUAAGGACAAUGCAACCAAUUGUUUUGGAGUAAUGAUACGAUCAUAUCGAUAACCGCUGUUUUCUUCGUGUACUGGUGAGUCACGGCAGCCCAGUCUUUCAUAAUAUUGAGUAUUAUGCAACUAUUAAUGAAGCCCCUGUCUUUACUAAAGAAAUAUUUUCAAGAUCUAGAUUUUCAAGAUCCAAGUCCAGAUACUCUGAAUCCAUUUCCUAGACCUGCAACAUAGGCUGGAUAACAGAAAACCUUCAAAAGCUAAAACUAAAGCAAAAAAAAGCUGAAGCUAAAACAUUGGAUGUAGUACAAAGGAAGGAAAGAAAAAUCCGACCAGUUUACAUUCACACACACACACACACACACACAC